AUGGAAAGCAGUCAACAAAAUCAUAAAUAUCAAUUGAGGUCGGGCACAGAUCGUUGGAAUAAAUUAGAAGAAAAAUACCCCGGAAUUUUUAAAUACAAGAAAGACAGCCGAGAAGAAGUAUUUGAGUAUUUGAAAGACCAAAAUGAUAAUGAUAACAAAAGCGUUAUCUAUAUUAAUUCCGAAUCUUUGACAGUUAGAAAAUUAUAUGAUUUGUGUGAUAAAGAGAUAUGGCUUUCUUCUGAUCAUAUUAAUGCCUAUCUUUCUUAUUUAAAUAAGAAAUUCCCUAGUAUAUUUUCUCUUCCAUCAUUUUUUUAUACAAAAUUGACGGAAACUGGCAAAUACGAAUAUUCUUCCGUUAUACGUUGGACAAAAAGAAUAGAUAUUUUCAAAAAGGAACUUAUCUUUAUUCCAAUUAACUUGGACGAAUCUCACUGGAUCUUGGCUGCAAUUUUUAUGAAGGUUCCACGUAGAAUUGCAGUAUUAGAUUCAUUGGGAAUAUUAAUGAAUAGAAGCGCCGUCUCUAUUGGGAAAAAUCUCAUAAAGUGGUUGAAUGAUGAAUAUCGCAAUAAAGUUCAAUCUGUAGAUAAUGAUGAUGAGUAUGAAGAUUUUGAAAUAAAUGAUAAGGAUCCAUUUCGAUUAGGUAAAGCUAAUGAUGAUGAUAAAAAUUUUUUGUUGGAUAUUGUUUUUCUAAAUAGAAAACCUCCACAGUCUGAUGGAUGUUCUUGUGGCGUAUUCGUUUGCAUGUUUGCAAGAUUAAUGGCAGAAGAUAUUAAUAGAGAUAUCAUUAUAGAGAUCGCUAAAUCAAAAGAAGCUAAUAUGAAAUUUCGAAAGGUGAUGUGUACAGAAUUAUGGGAUUAUGCAAAGGAAAGGGCGCAACAUGACGAUAGUUACAUCGAAGGAAUUGCCGCAUAUAAUGUUCACUUUAAUGAUUGA